CCCCAUCUGCCUGCAACCAGCCUCACUAUAAUAUCUGCGACGAUUGCGCACUGAGGCAGCGCUUACUAUUGACGCGCACGAUUGGCGACCCCCCCACGCUCACUCAAAUCGCUGUUACGACUAACGUCGAAGUUGAUACAGCGCGCGCAUCCUGUGGUCAAGACCUAACUGGACGACUUCUCUUGGGUCGAGUCGAUUUCGCAGCGGAGCGUUUAAUUACGUCCUCCUCUAGUGGUAGAACGACUUGCGCAUUCUAUAUUACAUUAGUCCAAAUACAACGUACUACCAUCCACCAUGGCGGACCGCAAGGGCAACAAAGAUGCUUCGCAGCAGAACAACCUCGCGCAAUUCAAGUAUGCGGCAAUGUCCAACUUGGUCCUGCAAGCGGACCGCAGAUUCACUAGCCGCCGUGGAGACGAAGCCACCGGAGACCCAGAGUCGCUCGCAGGACGCAUAAAUAUCAAGGACAUGGGAGGACGGACGGCACGCGACAAUGCGCCGACACAGAAGAAGAAACCAAAAAGCAACUUCGAGGUCGAGCGCGGCGGCAUAACUGAAGGUGGCGAUGUCUUGGAGCGCGAGCAGCGCAAGCGCAAGAGAGAUGGCUCCGGUGGUUUUGGUGCAGGCAAUGUUGCUGAGCAGAGUCUUGAUAUCGAAGACCUUCGAUACAAGCCAAGAACGCAGGCAACGCGCUCAACGUUCGAGCUGAUCACAACCAUUGUGAGCAAACACCUCGGAGAUGUUCCCACGCAUUUCACUAGAAGUGCCGCCGAUGCGGUCCUGGAGUUCCUGAAAGAUGAGAACCUCAAGGACUUCGACAAGAAGAAAGAGGUGGAUGAUUUGCUUGGGUCCUCUAUGGGCGCAAAAGAAUUCAACGAAUUGGUCAACCUUGGCAAGAAGAUCACGGACUAUGACGCGCAGGAUGAAGACGAGGAGAUGGGCGAUGAUGGUGCGGGCGACGGUCCAGAUAACGACGAGACGCAGGGCGUUGCAGUCGUUUUCGACGAAGACGAGGAAGACGAAGACGCCCCGCAAACCUUCGAAGUACGUGACCAAGACACCAGCGACGAGGAAGAUGAAGAAGAACAGCCGGUGGAAGAGAUAGGCGGCGAGGGAGCAGAAACUGACGGUGUCAUUGCUGGCGAGGAAGAGAUGAUCAUCCAGGCGGAUGCGGUUGCAACCGACAGCAAGGCAGACGGAGAGCGGAUAAUACCAGCUCAUGAGAUCGAUGCCUAUUGGUUACAGCGCCAGAUCGGUCAGGUCUACGAAGAUGCGCAUACCCAGCAGGAGAAGACCCAGGAUGCACUCAACAUUCUCUCCGGAAUAUCGGAAGACGGCGAGGAGAAGCCCCUGCGUGAGAUCGAAAACGACCUCAUGGAGCUGUUUGAUUACGAACACCACGAGCUGGUCGCGAAGCUUGUUCUCAACCGGGACCGGGUCGUGUGGGUUACUCGAUGGCGCCGCGCCGCCGAAGACAACGACGAGCGAGCUGAUGUCGAGAGGGAAAUGAAGGCUGCAGGUCAGCAACAGAUCCUCUUGGAGUUGCGCGCUCGCGAGACUGGUCAGAAAGGCGACGCAUCGGGGCCAAAGAAGAUGAAGUUUGAUCUGAAGGACAUUAAUCUUCCGGAUGCAUCGAAUGAUGUCGACAUGGCGGACGCUGCCAGGCCAGAAGGUGUCGUGGGCGGGUUGCAACCAUCGAGCCGACUGGUCAAUCUGGACAACAUCGUUUUCGACCAAGGAAAUCAUCUAAUGACGAAUCCGAGCGUGAAACUGCCCCAAGGGUCGACACGCCGUCAAUUCAAGGGCUACGAGGAAAUCCACGUACCGGCACCAAAGGCAAAACGCGAUCCGAACGAGCCAGCGCUCAAACCAACAUCUGAACUACCAGAUUGGGCUCGUGUCGGAUUCGGAAACUCAAAAUCGCUGAACCGUAUCCAGACCAAGUGCUACCCUACUGCAUUCGAGGACGACGGCAACAUGCUCAUCUGUGCCCCCACUGGAUCUGGUAAAACUAAUGUGGCCAUGUUGACAAUGCUGCGCGAAAUUGGCAAGCACCGUGACCCGCGCACAGGGGAGAUUAUGCUCGACGAUUUCAAGAUCAUCUACAUUGCACCGCUCAAGGCUCUUGUACAAGAACAAGUGGGCAAUUUCGGCAAGCGUUUAGAACCCUACGGCAUUCGCGUCUCAGAAUUGACGGGUGACCGCCAACUCACGAAACAGCAGAUUGCUGAAACUCAAGUCAUCGUCACUACUCCUGAGAAGUACGAUGUCAUCACCCGUAAAGCCACAGACACGAGCUACAUCAAUCUAGUGCGACUGAUCUGUAUCGACGAAAUUCAUCUUCUCCACGAUGAUCGCGGUCCGGUCAUUGAGAGCAUCGUCAGCAGGACCAUACGGCGAACUGAGCAGACCGGUGAUCCUGUGCGCAUCGUUGGUCUGAGUGCUACACUGCCGAAUUACAAGGAUGUAGCCAGCUUCCUCCGCGUAGACCCCGAUAAGGGUCUCUUCCACUUCGACGCUACGUUCCGACCCUGCCCCUUGAAGCAAGAGUUCAUCGGUGUCACGGACAAGAAGGCAAUCAAGCAGCUGAAGGCCAUGAACGACGUUUGUUACACGAAGACCCUGGAACAGGUUGGCGAGCAUCGUAACCAGAUGCUCAUCUUCGUACAUUCUCGGAAAGAGACCGCGAAGACAGCCAAAUAUAUUCGUGACAAGGCUCUUGAGCUGGAAACGAUUGGACAGAUCUUGCGAUCUGACAAUGCAACGAGGGAAAUCUUGCGAACAGAAUCCGAGUCAGUAACAAACGCUGAUCUGAAGGAUAUCUUGCCCUACGGAUUUGGUAUCCACCACGCUGGUAUGACCCGAGAAGACAGGACGACGGUUGAAGAUCUCUUCUCCGACGGUGCGAUUCAGGUUCUUGUCUGUACGGCUACACUUGCUUGGGGUGUCAACCUCCCGGCUCACACCGUCAUCAUCAAGGGCACGCAGAUCUACUCCCCGGAGAAAGGUAGCUGGGUAGAACUUAGUCCCCAGGACGUCUUGCAGAUGCUUGGUCGUGCCGGUCGCCCCCAGUUCGAUACGUAUGGUGAGGGUAUCAUCAUCACAACGCAGACCGAGAUCCAGUACUACCUUUCGCUUCUCAACCAGCAAUUGCCGAUCGAGUCGCAGUUGAUCAGCAAGCUUGCUGAUAACCUUAACGCAGAGAUCGUAUUGGGUAAUGUCCGGACUCGAGACGAGGGAGUCGACUGGCUCGGUUACAGUUAUCUUUUCGUCCGAAUGCUCCGGUCUCCAGGACUUUACCGGGUUGGCCCAGAAUACGAACACGAUACGGUACUAGAGCAGCGCAGAGUGGACCUUAUACACGCAGCUGCCCACCUCCUGGAGAAGGGUAAUCUCAUCAAGUAUGACAGAAAGUUAGGCACACUUCAGCCUACCGAAUUGGGCAGAAUCGCUUCUCAUUACUACAUCAGUCACAAUUCCAUGGCAACCUACAACAUGCACAUUCAGCCUGGAAUCACCGCCAUCGAGUUGUUCCGCAUCUUUGCCCUCAGCGAGGAGUUCAAGUACAUUCCGGUGCGACAGGAUGAAAAGCUUGAACUCGCAAAGCUUCUCGGCAGGGUCCCUAUCCCUGUCAAAGAAGGCGUGGAAGAGCCCCAAGCAAAAAUCAACGUUCUUCUACAAGCGUACAUAUCUCGUCUCAAACUGGAAGGCCUGGCACUCAUGGCUGAUCUGGUGUACGUCACCCAAUCUGCUGGGCGUAUAUUGCGUGCCAUAUUCGAGAUCUGCCUGAAGAAGGGCUGGUCACAGGUGGCCAAGCUUGCCCUCGACCUGUGCAAGAUGGCCGAGAAGCGGAUGUGGCCUACGAUGACGCCUCUGCGACAGUUUCCGGUCUGCCCUAGAGAAGUUAUCGGAAAGGCGGAGCGAAUCGAUGUCCCGUGGUCAAAUUACUUUGGUCUCGAUCCUCCGAGCAUGGGCGAGCUUCUUGGAAUGCCCAAGGCAGGUAAGAUCGUCUGCAGUUUGGUCAACAAGUUCCCUCGGCUUGAACUGGAAGCGACACCACGACCAGUCACACGAUCGAUGCUGCGCCUAGAGCUUACCCUGCGCCCGACUUUUGAGUGGGACGAGCAACUUCAUGGCGCAUCAGAAGCAUUCUGGAUUCUGGUGGAAGACUGCGAUGGUGAACAAAUCCUGUUCCACGACACCUUCAUCCUGCGGAAAGAUUAUGCUGAAGGUGAGGUCAAUGAGCAUCUCGUCGAAUUGACCGUGCCCAUCGACGACCCGAUGCCGCCGAACUAUUUCGUCACGGUGUUGUCAGACCGCUGGAUGGGUUCCGAAACCAAGCUGGCUGUCUCCUUCCAGAAGCUCAUACUUCCGGGCAAGUUCCCUCCCCACACUCCGGUUCUCGACUUGCAGCCUCUACCUGUCUCUGCACUCAAGAAGAAAGAAUACAUGGCGCUAUACGAGGACGUCGGCCGCUUCAACAAAGUGCAGACCCAAGUAUUCAAUUCACUUUAUACUACAGAUGACAAUGUUUUGGUCGGUGCUGCUGCAGGUAUCGGAAAGACUUUGUGCGCUGAAUUCGCGAUUUUGCGGCAUUGGUCCAGCGAGAGUGAGGGCCGCAUUAUUUACCUGGCGCCAUUCCAAGAACUCGUUGACAACCAAUACAAGAACUGGAACAACCGCUUGUCAGGCCUAGGUGGUGGAAAGGACGUCGUCAAGCUUACUGGCGAGACCACGGCUGAUCUGCGAUUGCUCGAAAAGGGCGACCUCAUCCUUGCUACUCCGUCGCAGUGGGACUCGCUCUCACGUCAGUGGCAACGUCGCAAGAAUGUUCAGUCUGUUGCUCUGCUUAUCGCUGACGAAUUGCACAUGCUCGGAGGCUCAGGCGGCUAUGUGUACGAGGUCGUAGUUUCUCGUAUGCAGGCAAUGGCAGCACAGCUCGAAUCCGGUAUGCGCAUCGUCGGUUUAAGUGUCUCCUUGUCCAAUGCACGAGACAUUGGAGAGUGGAUCGGUGCCAACAAGAACACCAUCUACAACUUCAGCCCUGGUGUUCGAGCCGUUCCUCUGGAGUUGAAAAUCCAGUCCUUUACCAUUCCACACUUCCCGUCGCUUAUGCUAGCAAUGGCAAAACCGACCUACAAGGCUAUCACGCAGCUCUCUCCAGACAAGCCUGCUAUGGUAUUUGUCCCCAGCCGAAAGCAGGCUCGCGCUACGGCAGUGGACCUGCUUGCCGCGUGCGUCGCAGAUGACGACGAAGACCGGUUCCUGAACGCUUCAGUGGAUGAGAUCGAGCCUAUCCUCGCAAAGGUCAACGAAAAAGCCCUGGCUGAGUCGUUAGCACACGGGAUUGGUUACUACCAUGAAGCGCUCAACCCGUUCGACAAGAAGGCCGUUCAGCACCUGUACAAGGUGGGCGCUAUUCAGGUUCUUAUCGUCUCGCGGAACUCUUGCUGGGAGAUCGAGUGCACCGCUCACCUAGUCGUUGUCAUGAACACACAGUUCUUUGAAGGCCGCGAACAUCGAUAUGUGGACUACCCCAUCAGCGAGCUGCUGCAGAUGUUUGGUAAAGCUGGCAAGGUCGGCCAAGACAAGUCUGCCAAGGGUGUGUUGAUGGUGCCUGCGGUGAAGCGGGAUUAUUACAAGAAGUUCUUGAACGAGGCGUUGCCGGUCGAAAGCUAUCUGCACGACUACCUACACGAUGCCUUCGUUGCCGAAAUCAGCGCGAAGACCAUUGAAUCUACUCAGGAAGCCGUCGACUGGUCGACAUACACAUACUUUUAUCGUCGACUCUUGUCGAACCCAAGCUACUACAGCCUGCACGACACCUCGCACGAGGGCCUGAGCGCGCAUCUGUCUGAGCUAGUGGAGCAAACACUGAAGGAACUGGUUGAGGCCCAGCUCAUCGAGCACGAUGAGGAGGAAGACGCCAUAACCCCUCUCAACCCGUGCAUGAUUGCUGCAUACUACAACAUAUCGUUCAUCACCAUGCAGACGCUCAUGAUGUCGCUCAAUGGCAAGACGAGUCUCAAGGGCGUCCUCGAGAUCGUCACUGCGGCAACCGAGUUUGAGGAUGUGCAGAUUAGACGCCACGAGGAGCAUAUCCUCAGCCGAAUCUACGACCGUGUGCCGUACAAGAUGCAGGAUGUCAACUUCGAGACACCGCACUUCAAGGCGUUUGUACUGUUACAAGCACACUUCUCGCGCAUGCAGCUUCCUAUUGAUCUUGCCAAGGACCAGGAACUGGUCGUCAAGAAGGUCCUCAAUAUCCUGAGCGCCAGUGUAGACGUGCUUUCCUCGGAGGCCCAUCUCAACGCCCUUAGCGCAAUGGAACUAUCCCAGAUGGUCGUCCAAGCCAUGUGGCAGAAAGACUCCCCACUCAAGCAGAUCCCCCACUUCGACGCCGACACCAUCAAAGCCGCGCAGAAAUUCGACAUCAACGACGUCGACGGCUUCAUCGACGCCAUGGACCCCGAUGAAAACCCAGACUACAAGAAGCUCAUCAAGGCGCUGGAUCUCGACGGCCGCCAGCUCCAGGAGGCCGCCACCUUCACCAACGAGUACUACCCCAACCUGGAGCUCGAGCACGAACUCGUCGACCCGGAGGACAUUGCGACCAACUCGCCCGCGCACAUCAAGGUGCGCAUCACGCGCAGUAAUCUCGAGGACGACGAGCAGCCCAAGACGGACGUGCACGCGCCGUUCUACCCCGCAGAGAAGACGGAGAGCUACUGGCUUGUGGUGGGUGAUCAGCGGGAGCACACGCUGCUUGCGAUUAAGAAGGUGACGAUUGGGCGGAAGAUAGAGACGAUGCUGGAAUUCACGCUUGAGAAGCCUGGCGAGCAUGAAUUGACGCUGUUUUUGGUCAGUGAUAGUUAUCUGGGUGUGGAUCAGGCGCCUACGAUUACGCUUACGGCGGCGGAGGGUAUGGAGGAGGAUGAGGAUGAGGAAGAGGACGAGGAGUAAGUAAGAUAAGAAGUGGUGUGUCGUAUUUUGAGAGCAUUUGUUUUUGCACGGUUACGGUAUAGUUCGCGGCGAAAAUGGGGCUGGGAAUUUGCAUUGUAUGUAACAUUUAGGUGAUGGACAACGAUCUGUUCAUUUCACAAUCUGAAUCGUC